AAAAGUUCUAUUUAUAAUUGGAAUAAUUCGCGUUCUUUUGGUUCAUCAAAAUUGAAUUUGUUUGCUAUUGAAGAUGGCGUAUAACGAGUGUGAAGUGCAGAAGCAGCUGAUGCGCAUCAAUCGCAUUAUUCUGCAGCGGGCUGGGGAUCUUGGUGUUAUUCGCAGCAGAUAUGUGCCCCGUUGGUAUCGCGGUCUCUCCGAUUACCAGGUGAGUGCGGCUAAUGCGCUAAGCGCCGCACUGCGCGAUGAUAUAGAGCAGCGCACCCUGUACCGUGUCACGCGUGUCAUUGUGCGCAUGGGCCUGAAUCCAAAGCCAACUAAGCCCAAUUUGAGGUUGGUAAUGCGCAUGAGUCGCGGCAACGAUAUUGCCUUCCUCUGGUUCCUCAUGGAGGUAUGCUACAAGACAAAGCUGCAUGGACGGGCCUACAGCGCCAAUGAGCAGAUCAUCAUGUCGAGCAUCUUUCGCCUGGACUUGCAUCCAACACUGCGUGAGUUGGAUCGCGUUCUUCCUUUGCCGCAUGCCUCAGCCAGGGAACGGGCCAAGCAAUCAAAAGCCAAGACCGCUGCGAAGGAGAAGAGAAUCGCGGAGCAGAUCGAACGCAAGCGUCGGGCAGCUGCUAAUUCAAAGAUCUCCUUGCCGUAUUUCGAGGAGCUCAGAGAACCUCAGGUCCACUCCAGCCGUCUAACGGCAAACUAUCCUACACGGCCGGCCUUGAUUAAGAUCUUUAAUGUGGAAAAGGACAACCCAGGGCUAUGGUCACGUUGGUUCGGCAGCUUCGAUGUGAACGAGAGCCAUUGCGUGACUAAGCCUUUGCUAUACAAGGAAAUCAAACGCAUAAUCACAUCAUUCACCGCGGCGAGGCUUCAUGCCGACGACGUAGAGUCUAUGUGUGCGACCCACAAGAAGAUUGGCGAAGUAGAAGAGUCCCUGAAACGCAAUCUGGAAGCCAUCAAGGUGAUGGAACGUCAGAAGUGGGCGGAUUUGACGACGGAAGCACAGAAACGUCGACGCAAGCGUGUGUUAGAGGACUUGGAGAAUAUGACGGCCAAAUUUGAAAAGCAGUUUCAUAAUCUGGCGAUCAAGACACGCAUGUCAACGACAUGCAAACAACUCUACGUUGGCUGCAAAGGCCUGCAUCCUGAACUGGACGCAUGUCGAAAGCCGGACUUCGUAUUCGUCAACGAAUCUUUUGCAACCGAAGAGCCGGAUAGGCGAUUGUGUGGUGGCAGCGAUUUGUCCAGGCCCACCUGUUUGGAAUGGGAUAUGGGGUCGUGCGCAGCGCGCCAACUGGACGGAAGCAAAAGUUCUACAGUUAAGCUGCUCCAGGGGCAGCAACCUGUGAUGAAGUCAGUCAGCUGUAACGAGGAAGCCCGGUCCCGCAUGUUUUGCGAUAUGUACGAUCCUAACAAGGAGCUUCCCAAGCUACACGGCCAGCGCAAGCUCAGCGUCGAGCACUUUCUGCGGCUGCGUCACAUAGAGACGCAACGGAAAUCGGCAACCAAUAGCGAUACCAAUAAGUAUUUUGAGCUAGGAUCGAGCACCCAUGACUAUAAAUUCAAUUAUCGCAAACUCUUCGAUACGGACAAGCUGCGCAAAGACAAUGACGAGCUGUUGCGUCUAAAGCUCUCCUUUAUUGAAGCCAUUGACAGUGAUGUCGAGUUUCUCAAUAAGGCGUUCAGUGGCGGUGGGGAUAAAGCGAUCGAUGCAGCUGUAGAUCACGUGGCAAAGAAACUAUUCCGGGAAGACUCGGAUCUAUAUCGGAGGGAGUACGAUCGCAUAGUUCAAUACCAUCAGCAAUCCAAAAUACGGAACGACACACGCCUCGACUUUGGUCGCGAGUACUACGAUGCCGAAGACAUUGUGCUAAUGAAGGAGAUGCUACGCCUGGGUCUGGAGCGCGUCAGUGAAGACAAGCGUUACGUGCUACCCACACUUCCCCAAGUGCAUUGCGUGCCCUUUCUGAUCGAGUGGAUUAGCUACCGCUAUGGCAAACGAUAUUCGCAGAAGGAGCGCGAGCGCAUCUUCAAGAACACCAAGUACCUGAUGCGGCAACUGACGCGUCUUCUGCAGGGCAUCCUAAUGCCACGAGCGCCCGAGGCGACGAUGACGAUGAGGAGCUUCAGUCUACAGCCACAAUUGCGGCGUUUGGCGCAGCGCAUUCAUUACAGCUACAGGGAUCUGUUCUGUCGUUCCAUCAUGGAGGUGGGACGCAUGUUCUACUUUGCCAUGCGACCCCAGCUGUGCCAUCGGAUGCCAGUGAACACCUUCUAUGCCUAUAUGCCGGCGCAUUUUAGAGACACGAAUUUUAGUGUCACAACUAUGACGAGAAAUCCCAACCUGGCCAGGUAUCGACGUUCGUUUUGAGGCAUCGCUGACACGGUGGCUGCGAUGCCG